GUUCGCUUUGUUCGCUUCGUUCGUUUUGCCAAAAAUUUUGCAAUCGCCAAUAUUUUUUUUUACUGCCAUUCGCAAAGGUAAAAAAAGCAUAAUUAUACAAUUAUAUAACUGCAAAACUGCGUAACUGCUAUUGUAACUUUUCCUCGCAAUUCACCCACUCGCGAAUUUAAGGAAAUUCACGCGAACAAAUUUAUUUAUCGACAGUUCCCACCCCCCGUAACGUAAGUUCCAUUUUUUAUCCACUUUAUCAAAAUGGAAGUUCCAGGAAAAGUGAUUGGUGGCAAAGUGGGAGGAAAAGUCGGAGGUAAAGUCCUUGGUCUUGGAAAAGGAGGAAAGGGAAAAACAGGUUCCGGUAAAACCAAGAAGGCACCUCUGUCCCGAGCAUCGCGAGCAGGUUUACAAUUCCCAGUAGGAAGAGUCCACAGAAUGCUAAAAACGAGAAUUUCUUCGGACGGAAGAGUUGGAUCAACUGCAGCUGUUUACGCAGCGGCAAUUUUGGAGUACCUCACUGCCGAAGUUUUAGAAUUAGCAGGAAAUGCAACCAAGGAUUUGAAAGUGAAGAGAAUUACGCCCAGACAUUUGCAGCUAGCCAUUCGAGGUGACGAAGAGUUGGAUACACUUAUAAAGGCAACCAUUGCUGGAGGUGGUGUCAUUCCACACAUCCACAAGGCCUUGAUGAACAAAGUGCCCGUGCCUCCCACCCAGGCCAAGAAGCCAAAGAAAAACUAGGGGUGAAAAAAGUAACGCAGUUGUGCUGCGAACUUUUCUUGUAACCAUCACUGUUGGCCAGCUCCCCCAUCCCUACGCACUUGCACACACGUGUGUUUUUGUGUGUAUGUACACCUACCUAUGUGUGUGUGUGUGCAUAUGCCGAUACUCGCGUGGACCCAUUUUUACAAUCGCAGACGUGCCAACACUUCCAUUCAUACAAACAGCUAGCAGAGGCUACAACAGUGCAAGCACAAAUAUAAAUAUUUUUCGUUUUUUAAUUUCUUCCCAGUGUUACCUUGCAUUAAUGUCUUUUUUUAAUGUUACGGUUGAGAAGCGGGCGUGGCACUUCGUUCAGUUGUGCUGCGCAGACGCACAGUGUGUGUAGACCUAUCGCGUGUGCGCGCGUGGUCCCAUGCGUCAACCAGUACUUGAGUGAACUUACGCAUCAUAUGGCCUCUCCCUCGCCGCACACAUAUAUAACUCAUAUUCCCAUCAUCAUAACCACCCCUUAAUUGCU